AUGACUUCAAGCGUGCCCCGACCAGGCCCGGCGAAUUUGAGCCCAAAUGCCGGCCUCGAUGAGUGGCUCGAGGAGGCCAAACAGUGCCACUAUCUGCCCGAGCGGGCCAUGAAGGAGCUUUGCGAAAAGGUCAAGGAAAUCUUGAUGGAAGAGUCCAACAUCCAACCCGUCUGUACACCGGUAACCGUUUGUGGCGACAUCCACGGCCAGUUUUACGAUCUGCUAGAGCUAUUCCGCGUCGCGGGCGGCAUGCCAGGGGAGAACGACGUUCAAGCGCCGACAACAUCAACCGCGGUCAUCACAUCCGAAGAUAUCGAACCUCCCGAGAUCACGAAUCCGAAACUCCUGAAGAAACUCAAGUCCUCCGGUGAUGACGCGACAGGCAACGACGACAGCGAGAAUGCAGAUCCGGUGACAGAGGCCGCAGCUGGCUCUGCGGAUGCUAACAGCACCAUAUCUUCCUCGCAGAGCGCGCAAACUCGAUUCAUAUUCCUGGGCGACUUUGUCGACAGAGGUUACUUCAGUCUAGAGACGUUUACUCUAUUAAUGUGCCUCAAAGCCAAGUCAGUGACGCCCGUAUUCGCUCCACCACUUCGUGACUCCUCUUGGCUAAUCUCUUUGCGAUACAGAUAUCCCGAACGCAUAGUCCUGGUCCGCGGCAACCACGAGUCACGCCAGAUCACUCAAGUAUACGGUUUUUACGAAGAAUGUCAAAAAAAAUACGGAAACGCCUCGGUGUGGAAGGCAUGUUGCCAUGUAUUCGACUUUCUCGUUCUCGCCGCCAUCGUCGAUGGAGAGGUCCUGUGCGUCCACGGCGGCUUGAGUCCCGAAAUCAGAACGAUAGACCAGAUUCGUGUGGUUGCGCGCGCGCAAGAGAUUCCCCAUGAAGGCGCAUUCUGCGACUUGGUGUGGUCCGAUCCAGAGGACGUCGAGACAUGGGCGAUCAGCCCGCGCGGUGCCGGUUGGUUGUUUGGCGACAAGGUGGCAACGGAAUUCAAUCAUGUCAAUGGUCUCAAGCUGAUUGCGCGCGCCCAUCAGCUGGUAAACGAAGGAUUUAAAUAUCACUUUGACGAGAAGUCCGUGGUCACCGUCUGGUCGGCGCCAAACUACUGCUACCGGUGCGGCAACGUCGCCUCCAUUAUGACCGUUGGCGAAGAUCUAGAUCCAAAGUUCAGCAUCUUCUCGGCAGUGCCCGAUGAGCUGAGACACGUGCCCGCUGGGCGGCGAGGUCCAAGCGAUUAUUUCCUGUAA